GAUGUCAGUCCAGUACGUCACACGUUAUCAGUGCCGUGGACUACAGCACACGAGCGUAAUAAACGUAGAUACCUACGAAAAGCUCAACAAUGUAUUUCUGCAAUGCUAGAUGUCCUGGCACCUGAAAAUUUGCAAGAACUAUGGACGGAGCUUUGUGAUCGUUACGCUGUAUGCAGCGACAGUCAGGUUGUGGUCGAAGGCAGAAGUGAAAAAGAGACGGACCUUCUUAAUGCAUUUGCUGAAAGCUACUUGAACGCACAACAUUGGAACACCAGAUGGCAAAUACUUUCUUUGAUGGCAGACAAGUUAUCCCUUAAGGAGAUGAGGGAGUUUAUUCCAACCGUUACUAGCUAUCGCUACAACAUUACCCGACGCCACAGGCUGAUACAUGGAAGAGCUGCUCCUCUUCCAAACCAGGAGAAAAGGAGAAUGAGAAUUGAACCUGUAAAAUUAGAACAUUUUGUUUCUUUUAUAACAAGUCCACACGUUAUUCAAGAUGUUCCUUUUGGGGAAAAAACUUCUGAAAUUGUCGACUGGCGAGAUCAUAAAGACACCCAAUGCUAUCAGAACAAUGAUACCAGAGCGUAUUGUUCAGCAGUAUCAACAAUACUGCUGUGAAACCUACUUUGAGCCUAUGAGUAAGAGAACACUACAGAGAGUUUUGGCCGUGUGUUCUUCAUCUGUUCGGGCGUCUCUGCAAGGACUUGAUAACUUUUCAGCAUCAGGCGUGGAAGCAUUUGUUGCUUUUGAAAAACUCGUAGAUAAGCUUGUUGACUGUGGCAAGACUCAGCAAUGGGCGAGGGAAAUUAAGCAGCAACUUCGUUUGUCGAAGCAGUACCUAAAGGGCGACUACAAAGUGGGUGCAUAUUUUAUAAUUAUGCGUUGCCUUUGCAGAAGUGAUGUAGUAAACUUCUUACUAUGAUUCACGGCUACCUCUUUCUCUCUCUCCAAGUCUUCUUUAUGCUUAAUUUAUGAAACAACAGUUUAAAAUUCACUGUAAUACGCUUACACACAUGUAUACAACGCUGAGAAUCGGUUAAGUAAUCUUUUUGAAAUGUCGAUCAUAUGCGCAUGUGUUGCUUUGCAAAUAUACACUGAAUCACGCGCUUGUCAUUUUACUUUUUAUUUUAGGUACAUGCAGUGGAGGCCUCAGAGGUUCCCGAUCAUUGUCGAAUUUACGCGCUAAGUGACCCAAGCAAUGCUGAAUUUCGGGGCUCCUGCGACCAUCUCUACAAUGAGUCAUGUGAACAGUGUUAUGACUUACAAGAAGUAUUGUGUACCAUAGAAGAUGAGUGUUCAAGUGUGCUCUCGUCAGCAGAAGAUCAAGCUGACAUGCUGCAUACCAUCAGACAGGCAAGGGAUGAUGAUGGAAAGCCCAUCAGCUACGUUCAGUCCACCAAGCUGAGGCAAAGCAUUCAGUUUUAGCCAAACUCGACAGCCAAUCGGUGCUGUUAGUCCAGGACUGAGCAAUGAAAUAUAUGGCCCGAAAAUAUCGAGAGGCGCAGUCAGAUUGGUUUGCGAAGCGAGGAUUGCCAUGGCACAUUAGCGUUGCCAUAAGACAGUCAGAGGAUUCUGAGCACUUUGAAUCGCAAAGUGUGGAGAGCAUUCAAUGUGGGUUCCGGUAAAGUAGUGCCAUGGGCCAAGUUCGAAGGAGUCAUGAAGCAGCCCGAAAAAUUGGAAAUCCUAGACCCGCCAUCGCCAAAUCCAAGUGGCUCACCGACAUUCAAGAUUGUGGGACACCGACAUAUUAAGAAAAGCUCUGUCAAAGCAGAUUUCUCAACUGAAAGCGAAAACCAAGAUCGACGCUGUAUUGGGGAAUAUAAGCCAGAUGGCAUGCUUUUCCCGUGUCCAGAAGAAGGAUGUGUAAAAGUAUACAGUCGCUUUGCAAACCUCCAGACACACCUAGAUACUGGAAAGCACCAAAUGAUGCUCGAACAGGAAACUCUCUACGAUAAAGCCAAAAGAGAAUAUUCUUCCAAGCUGACGGAGGGACGCAGUCAAAUACCAAGCGUUCAAGUUGCUGCACAAUCAAAGAGUGAUGGCUUGCCUCCUCUUCCAAUGGGUUGGGCCCUGAAGAAAAUUAAGAAAAAGGUGCGUUUUACAAAGAAACAGACCGAAUUCUUAACUGACCAAUUUCAAAAAGGGGAGUAUAGUGGACUGGAAAGCAAUCCACAGGAAGUUUCGAAAACCAUGAGCCUAGCAAGAGACCAAGCGGGGGAAUGCCAAUUUCAACCUGAUGAAGUCCUUACGUCGCAGCAGAUUAGUGGCUUCUUCAGCCGUCUUUCAAGAAAGAAGCGAUUAGAAGUUACAGCUGCCAAUAACGAAGCAAAACCUAGUGAAGUCUCAGAAGUGGAUAUGGAGAGCGUCGACGAGGACGAAAUCUCCGCCGAAGCUGAGAAGCAUCUAUCUGCAGUGUGUGCAAAUGUGAUGAGAGAUGUGGCUAUUCAGCAUCCGAUUGUAUCUUUCGAUCUUAACAUCUGCGAACUUGUACAAAAACGUACAAUCACAACUUUAAGAGUGGAUAGGCUAAGAGACAUGUGCAUCGACCACGGGCUGGAUAUUUCUGACAUUUCACCUCAAAAGAGGAAAAAGCCAUUCAUCGCACGACUCACACAAUUAGUCCAAGAGUGUACCUGCUCUUCCAAGUAA